AUGCCAGACAAAGACAAAUCACAGCGCAUCCGCCAAGACUGGAACAAGAGUGUGCCUUGGGCAUACCUGGACCCAGUUCACCAGAACAUCCCACUGGCCACUCGCGACGCGCAUCUCCGCCCGCCACCUCCACGCAUCUCCAAAGGCCACGACAUCUUCAUCGGCAUCUCUAACUACCGCGACAUUCGUCGCUGUGGCUUCACGUUGUUCACAGCGUUCUCCCGAGCCAAGCAUCCGGAGCGGGUCACCAUUGGUGUCGUCGAUCAAACCCAAGACGACGACACGACAUGCCUCGAAGAGUACUGCAAACUGGCCGAAGCGUCGGUCUGGAAGGAGUGCAAAUUCAAAUCCCAAGUUCGAAUCGACGCCCGGGAUUCCCGGACAUCGAAAGGCCCGACGCUGGCGAGAUGGCAGCAACAGCAGCUGAUUGAAAACGAGGAGUUCUGUCUCAACAUUGACGCGCACAACCAGUUCCUGCCCAACUGGGACGCGGAAAUCGUCGACGAGUGGCUGCGCACGGAGAAUGAGAUGGCCGUCUUGACCACGUACCCCAUGGGCUACGACUUCAUGGGCCCUGACCUGACCCACCAAAGCCACUACAGCUCCCACCUGUGCCGCUACCUGGACCGGGAUUCUGCCUUCAACGUGCCUAUCAUUCGAGGCAUGAUCCUAAUCGACAACAGCGAAGCCCCUCAAAUGUCCACAUUGUGGGGCGGUGGCUUGUCCUUCAGCAAGUGUCACGCCGAGCGCCGCGCCCCCUACGACAAGCACAUGAACUGGGUGUUCUGGGGCGAGGAGUACCUCCGCAGCAUGCAGCUUUGGACCCGCGGCUACGAUUUCUACUCGCCAUCUCGACAUGGGCAUGUGGUGUUUCACAACUGGUCGAAUGACAAAGGCAGGAUGAAGCGGUUCUGGGACAACGUAACUCAAGUCAUGACGAAAGAGCAACAUGACAAUGAAGAACAACUCGCGUACAAUCGACUGCGCAUGGUGCUGACGUUGCCGUUUGACGGCCCAGUCGACGCCCACGAAAUCGACAAGUACCACGGUGGAAAAGUGCGGUCGAUCGAGCAAUUUCUCCAGUUUUCAGGCAUUUCCAACGUCGAUUCAAAACUCGAUGAGGCCCGAUGCGAGCAACUCCACUGGGUGCCGUACGCCGUGCCAGAAAUCAUCGAAGAGUUUUUGUCUGGCUGGGUUAUGCGUGAUGGUCGGUCGAGUGAAAGCAAUGCUCGAGUAAAUGAUAGGGCGAUGGUGAAUGAGACGUGGAGUCGAAUGGAGAAGGAGCUGUUGCUUCGUGUGCAGCAGAAGCUGGAUACGAUGACGAAACCCAGGGCGGUGGUGAAUGAGACGUGGCGUCGAAUGGAGAAGGAACUGUUGCUUCGUGUGCAGCAGAAGCUGGAUACAAUGACGAAACCCAGGGCGGUGAUGAACGAGACGUGGCGUCGAAUGGAGAAGGAACUGUUGCUUCGUGUGCAGCAGAAGCUGGAUACGAUGACGAAACCCAUUGCAGAAACGUCGCAACUGGUGCGGGCGAUGCAGCAUCAACUGAGUGAAUGGAACCGACCCCACGAAGUCCUAUGGCCGUUGGCGCUAGUGUGGCUGGGUCUGAUUUCCGUAUGGCUGGUGUACAAGGGCAGACGAGCGUCGUCGUACGCCACUGCGCCCACAACAAAGGCGUACCAAUAG